GUGAUGGGCAGGAGACGCCGCGAAGGCGGAGCCACGCUUUAAACUUCCGGAGCGGCGGUUGGCGCGGCUGGGGGCAGUUCGUUUGGAGGUCGCCGGUAUGCCUCGGCCCCCUUUGCGGGGAAGUUCUGGAGGGUGUGAACAUGGCAGAAGGGGACACCUUGGUCUCAGUGGAUUAUGAAAUUUUUGGAAAAGUGCAAGGGGUGUUUUUCCGCAAGUACACCCAGGCUGAGGGUAAAAAGCUUGGAUUGGUAGGCUGGGUCCAGAACACGGACCGGGGCACAGUGCAGGGACAACUGCAAGGUCCCAUCUCCAAGGUUCGACCUAUGAAGGAAUGGCUGGAGUCAACAGGAAGCCCUAAGUCCCACAUUGACAGCGCAAAGUUCAACAAUGAGAAAGUCAUCUUGAAAUUGGAUUACUCAGAUUUCCAAAUUGUGAAAUAAUGACCUGAAUUUUAAGUUUUCAAGGUAAAUUCAGUAGCUUGAUUUGUCUUUAAUAUAUUGUAUUCAACAUUAGAAUUUGUCAGUAAGUUAUUUUACUAUUUAAAUGUUACUGUGUAUUACACAUCUGGUAGAAGGAAUACAAUUGUGUACCAUUCUCUCCAAUAAAAAUACAUUAGAACUUUCUGCUUA